GAAACUGGAGGGGGCGUGUGCAACAAUGGCCGAGUCACCGCUGCCCGGGCAGGUUGCCGAGGAAGAUAUGGAAUGGGAGUCAGCAGCCAAUGAUUCAGGCAUGACUGUUGGAGAAGGAGGGGCUGGGGAAACCGCGAGGAAAGCCGGCGAAGAGCAGCAGGCAGGAGAAAACCAAGGAGAUACGGAGGUGAGCGAGGAGAAGAAGGGGAGCGUAUUGGUCACGGUGGCACAGGGGGAAGGUGCCAAAGGGGUGGGGAAAGAUGGGCUGUCGGUAAAGCAAGCAGAGGGUGCCAAUGAUCAGGAAGUAGACAAGUUGAAGGGUAUGGAUAAAGGUGAAGAAAAGGCGAGGGCCAAGGAGGGGGCGAAUGACAACCCCACUGAGAUGGACUUGAGGGAACAAAGAGAGAUUAUCAAGCCGAAGGGAGUUAAGGAAAGAGAUAUGAGCAACAAAACUGUGGCAAAGGAAGAUGCUAAUAGCCCCAAGUUUUGGGAUGAAAAGUGUGACGAAUGUGAUGAUCCCAGCCUGGAUUCCGAAAGGCAGGGUUGUAAAUCCGCAAUUAAACGAUUAUUGAUAUGUUGCAAAUGCAGUAUUAAUGGUUCGGAGAGGGAAGAGGUGAAAGAUCAUGAAAGUGUGGUGGAAGGACAGCAUGACGAUGACAAAACUAUGAGAGGCCCUGGACAAAGAGACCAAAGACAGCCUUCUCACUCACAUCACUUGCCCGCUCAGCGAUCCUAUCAGCCUUCCUCCUAUGAUUACCAGCCCACUCAACGAUAUCAACCGAGGCUCAAACUUCCAGACAGACCAUCUUCAUGGAGCACUCGAGACACAAAGAGGUAUCGUGACGGAUACCCGGGCAAGAGAGAUGAUGAGAAAUUGGCUGAUAACUACCGGUUCUACAUGAAUGAGAUCCCUUUUCGACCCAAUGGCAUGAAGAUUGAUGAUUUCCACAGAGAAAUGUGGGGCAAUUAUGAUGAAUUGGAGUGGAACCACAGCUUCAUACAGUGGUUGUUCCCCAUCAGAGAGCAGGGGAUGAACUGGCAUGCUCAGGAACUACAACUCCACGAAGUUGAUAAUAUCCUGGCAAACGAAAAGGCCACUAAGAGACUGUUGUUCUCUUACAAGCUAAUGCUAGACUUUUAUGGGAUACAGAUGGAUCAAAAUGGUGAACUCUCUGCUAACCCCAACUGUCAAAAGAGGUUUCAAAACCUCAACCAUUCAUCCCACAACUACCUCAGGAUCACCCGUAUCCUAAAGUGUCUGGGGGAGUUCAAAAUGGAGCAUCUGAAGGCCCCAUUCAUAGAGUUCAUGCUGCACGAGGCCAUCACAACCGGUCGUCUGAGGAAUGUCCUCAGCAGCUGCAUGUGCUACUGGGUGGAGGUGUUGAAGAAAGACGAGGAGAGAGAGGAAAUGUGGAGGUUUGCUGGGGAAAUGGUGGAUCGAGUGAAUGCCCAAGGAAGGUCCCAACCAGCACCCAAGGAAAGAGAAGAGAGGAAAGAGCAAACCUGAAUCGCAGAUGGUGACCCAAUCAUUGCCAGUUCAAUCACAACGAAUGAGCCGGCCUGGAUUUCGCAGCACCCAGAAAGAAAUGCCUUUGGAAGCAUAUGGAAUAGGGACAGGGACUGAAACGAAAGAGGUAAUACACGGAACGGGGGCAGAAACUGAGGGACCGUGUGGAAUGGGGGCAGGAACUGAGGGACCGUGUGGAAUGGGGACGGGAAUGGUGGAAGAGAAAGAACCUACUCCUGACGAAAGCCACACGGGGCAGAGUGGGGUAGAAGACGGAGGGCAAGUGGAGGGAGUUGCUGGUGCGAAUGGUCAUGGAGGAAAGAUCCGUGUGGAGGACGGCAAAGGAGAAGUGAAAACGCAGCAUCCUGCAACAGCCUCUUUAGACGGCAAGCAUAAUGGCGACCAGGGGGAGAGCAAGGAAGGGGACGGUGAUGGAGAUAGGGAGGGGAAGGAGGGGAAAGACGAGGUUGGUGAGGAGGAGCAAGGUGGAGGUGGUCCUGGGAACAGUGGAGGUGGUGAGGGGGAAAAGGCUGGUGCAAGAGAGGAAGGGCGGCAAGAUGGGUGAGGAGAAGGGGGAUAAUGGGAAUGGGGAAAACAAAGACAAGUGAAGAGAAAGGAACAAUUAAUACCACUCUAACUAACUACCCAAGCAAUUGAGACACACUUAGAUAAACACUACAGUGCAUAAUGUGUAUAAAAUGAUA